AUGAACAGUGAGCUGAAGAUGGGUGUAAUGACUCUACUGGAGGAGGUGCUACGAGACCCCGACCUGCUGCCUCAGGAGAGGAAAGCCACUGGCAACAUAGUAAGGUACACACACACACACACACACACACACAUACACACACACACACACACACCAGUGGAAGCUCCUCAGAGGAGGAAGGUGAGUCCUCAGUGAAUUUCAUAAAAAUAUAUAUUUUUAAACAUUUAAAAAGUUAUCCUUUUUAGAUAAAACUAUACUAAAUAUAUUCACAUAUUACCAAAUAAUUGAUUAAAACACACUGUUUUGCAAUGUCUACAGUAGCCUCAACAGCACUCUGUAGGGUAGCACCAUGGUGUAGCCGGAGGACAACUAGCUUCCGUCCUCCUCUUGGUACAUUGACUUCAGUACAAAAUCUUGGAGGUUAUUGGUUCUCACCCCCUUCCAUAGACUUACACAGUAAUUAUGACAACUUCCAGAGGACGUCCUCCAACCUAUCAGAGCUCUUGCAGCAUGAACUGACAUGUUGUCCACCCAAUCAAAGGAUCAGAGAAUGAAUCUAGUACUGACAGCAGAAGCUACAGCUAGCUAGCACUAAAGUGCAUAACAUGUGGUGAAUAGUUGACUCAAAGAGGGAGAAAGACAAUAGUUGAACAGUUUUCAACAAAUUAAUUUAUUCAAAAAUGAAGGAGAAGCGAGAGAGAGAGCGAGAGGGCCAUUUUCUUUUCAGUUUCACUUACAUUGCUAGCAAAUGCAGCUGGCUAGUUUAGCCUACUCAAACACCCAGCUCAAACAGAGGGAUGCUAUGUUAGCUAGCUGGCAAUGACUAUCCAACACAACACUGGAACUCUUCCAAGUCAAGGUAAGCUUUGGGUUUUAUUAAUUUUUUGACACCGGGGCCCGCCGGUGUAACUGCUAAACUGCUUACUGACUAUACACUGUAAUGUUACUGCUUGAUUGUAGCGGGUUUACUAAUGCAUUAGUUCUAUUAGCUAUGUUGACUAGGAUGUUACUUUAGCUAAUAUGGGGACAACGAUGUAGGCGGUGUGUAGCGGUUAUGACAUGGUUUUGCUUGGAAAGGUUUUUUCACCUGGUCACAUACAGCUGAUGUGUUGUGCAUUGAAGUCCACAAAUGAAGGGAAAGGGUGAGAGGAGGAAAGCGUGUAGAUGCGAGAAGGAAUACAAUGUGGCUGCUAUGAAAGUGAACUGUGUUUACGCGUGAUCAGAGGUGUAUUCAUUCCGCCGAUUCUGUUGAAAAACAUUUCUUAAAUGGAACCAAUAGAAACUCACGCUUGCAACUGUUGGACUAAUGAUUACACCCUAGAUAAGCUAGAUGCAGACAAGAGUGUGCAAGACUGUAUUGAAUGUGUCACUGUCUGUCACCUCAAACCUGUGUCACCUUUCUCUCGACCUGUGUGCACCUACAGUUGAAGUCUGAAGUUUACAUACACUUAGUUUGGAGUCAUUAAAACUCGUUUUUCAACCACUCCACAAAUUUCUUGUUAGCAAACUAUAGUUUUGGCAAGUCGAUUAGGACAUCUACUUCGUGCAUGACAGAAGUAAUUUUUCCAACAAUUGUUUAAAGACAGAUUAUUUCACUUGUAAUUCACUGUAUCACAAUUCCAGUGGGUCAGAAGUUUACAUACACUAAGUUGACUGUGCCUUUAAACAGCUUGGAAAAUUCCAGAAAAUGAUGUCAUGGCUUUAGAAGCUUCUGAUAGGCUAAUUGACAUAAUUUGUGUCAAUUGGAGGUGUACCUGUGGAUGUAUUUCAAGGCCUACCUUCAAACUCAGUGCCUCUUUGCUUGACAUCAUGGGAAAAUAAAAAGAAAUCAGCCAAGACCUCAGAAAAAAAACUGUAGACCUCCACAAGUCUGGUUCAUCCUUGGGAGCAAUUUCCAAACGCCUGAAGGUACCACGUUCAUCUGUACAAACAAUAGUACGAAAGUAUAAACACCAUGGGACCAUGCAGCUGUCAUACCGCUCAGGAAGGAGACGUGUUCUGUCUCCUAGAGAUGAACGUACUUUGGUGCGAAAAGUGCAAAUCAAUCCCAGAACAACAGCAAAGGACCUUGUGAAGAUGCUGGAGGAAACAUGUACAAAAGUAUCUAUAUCCACAGUAAAAACGAGUCCUAUAUUGACAUAACCUGAAAGGCCGCUCAGCAAGGAAGAAGCCACUGCUCCAAAACCGCCAUAAAAAAGCCAGACUACGGUUUGCAACUGCACAUGGGGGUGCUUUGCUGCAGGAGGGACUGGUGCAUUUCACAAAAUAGAUGGCAUCAUGAGGAAGGAAAAUUAUGUGGAUAUAUUGAAGCAACAUCUCAAGACAUCAGUCAGGAAGUUAAAGCUUGGUCGCAAAUGGGUCUUCCAAAUGGACAAUGACCGCAAGCAUACUUCCAAAGUUGUGGCAAAAUGGCUUAAGGACAACAAAGUCAAGGUAUUGGAGUGGCCAUCACAAAGCCCUGACCUCAAUCCUAUAGAACAUUUGUGGGCAGAACUGAAAAAGCGUGUGCGAGCAAGGAGGCCUACAAACCUGACUCAGUUACACCAGCUCUGUCAGGAGGAAUGGGCCAAAAUUCACCCAACUUAUUGUGGGAAGCUUGUGGAAGGCUACCCAAAACGUUUGACCCAAGUUAAACAAUUUAAAGGCAAUGCUACCAAAUACUAAUUGAGUGUAUGUAAACUUCUGACCCACUGGGAAUGUGAUGAAAGAAAUGAAAGCUGAAAUAAAUCUUAUUCUGACAUUUCACAUUCUUAAAAUAAAGUGGUGAUCCUAACUGACCUAAAACAGGGAAUUUUUACUAGGAUUAAAUGUCAGGAAUUGUGAAAAACUGAGUUUAAAUGUAUUUAGUUAAGGUGUAUUUAAACUUCCGACUUCAACUGUAUGCUGUAAACUUUCAUUCAUAGGCUAGGUUGUAGCAACCUCAUGAUGGGUAUAGGGGAACAUUUGAGUAUCAUGUAGUAGCCUAAACCUAUCGAUGUUACAUUGAGCUUGGUGAAUGGAAUAUGAAUGACAGUCAUCCAAUAUGCUGUAAUAGAAAUUAGGCCAUGCUCAUGAAAAAAAAGAAUCGUCCUCCCUCAUCUUAAACGCCACUGACCGCCACUGGCACACACAUAUACAGAGACACAAACACAAACACACACGCACAUGCUAAAGCAGUUGUUCCCAACCAGGGGUACUAGGACCCCUGGGGGUAUUUGGCCUAUCCACAGGGGAGACUUAAGAAGAUUCAUGAGACCAUAUGCUUACUGGUAAAAUCCACAUGAAGGGGUACUUCAGGGGUACUCCAGGCAGAGCAAACUUUAGUUGGUGGUACAGUAACCGAAAAAGGAACCACUGUGCUAAAGUACAUGCGCGCACACACACGUUUGUUUUACUCUCCUUGUGGGGACCAAACAAUUGAUUCCCAUUCAAAAUCCUAUUUUCCGUUACCCCUAAACCUAACCCUAACCUUAACUCCUAACCCUAACCCUGAACCCUAAUCGUAACCCUAACCCUAAACCCUAAGCCUAAAAUAUCAUUUUUCCUUGUGGAGACCGGCAAAAAGUCCCCCCCCCCCCCCCCCCCACAUACACACACACACUAUUAUAUUCAUUAAUGAGACUCUGCCUGUCCCUCAGUGCCCUUUCUCAAGAUGAUGCUCAACUCAAGAUAGAAGACAUCCUACAGAUGGUAAGUAUGGUUCAAUCACACACAGAAAUACUACAUAGAAUAGAUGCUAAGCCAUUUCAGUUACAGGGAUGUAGUGGUAAAAACUGUGUUGAGUCAGUAAAUAAAUGGUGAUGUAAUUUGGCAUGCUGACUUUGGAACAGAGAAGUCCGCUGCUCCACUUCAUCCUGGUAAGAUGUUGACUAGAGACGUUGUCUCGAUAUAGUCUGUGUGAAAAAGUUGUCUCCGUAAAGAAUCAGAACAAAUUAGUUGUAUUUAGUGUGUAUUGUGUAUUUUAAAUACUUUAGAAUGCAUUUAGAAGUAUUUGAGGUGUGCUUGAUUUACACUGAACAAAAAUAUAAACGUAACAUGUAAAGUGUUGGUGUCCUUGUGUAUAUUUGUUUAUAUUAGCUGUCAACAAGCCCAAAGUAUACAGUUCAUAGUGGAGAGAGUGUAGACAUGGAAUACUGUUUGUGGCAUUUUGAAAAUAUAUCAACCGAUUGAAUAUUGGUUUACCAGACAGAGUGUCCCAAAGCAGAGUGUUUUGAUUCUCUGUCUGCGAUGGAGCUGGCUGAACAGAUCACCUUGCUAGACCACAUUGUGUUCAGGAGCAUCCCUUACGAGUGAGUGUAUAUUCGAAAUCUGAGAAUAGUAUUGUUGUGCUAUUGUUGUUGUUGUUUUUGCAUAAUUGUGGUGUGUUCUGUGUCCACCAGAGAGUUUCUGGGCCAGGGCUGGAUGAAGCUGGACAAGUUGGACAGAACUCCAUACAUUAUGAAGACCAGUCAGCACUUUAAUGAUGUAAGAUUUAAAACAGAUCUAUACUCUAUAGCUCUAUACCAGCCAGCACUUCAGAUCUAUACUCUAUAGCUCUAUACCAGCCAGCACUUCAGAUCUAUACUCUAUAGCUCUAUACCAGCCAGCACUUCAGAUCUAUACUCUAUAGCUCUAUACCAGCCAGCACUUCAGAUCUAUACUCAUAUCUUAACAUAUCUCUUUAUCCCGUCUUUUCUUUAACUCUGCCUCUUUCCCACCCUCCAUUUCUCUCAACCCCUCUCUCGCUCCUCUUCCCUCCCCUCUCUGUUUUGUCCUGCUGUAGAUGAGUAACCUGGUAGCAUCUCAGAUCAUUGCCCAUACAGACAUGGUCUCCAGGGCUAAUUCCAUAGAGAAGUGGUUGGCUGUGGCUGGUAUCUGUCGCUGCCUCAACAACUAUAAUGGAGUUCUAGAGAUCACCUCAGCUCUCAACCGUAGCGCCAUCUACAGGCUGAAGAAGACAUGGGCCAAAGUCUGCAAACAGACCAAAUCACUGAUGGAUAGGCUACAGAAGACAGUGUCAUCAGAAGGCCGAUUCAAGAACCUGAGAGAAACCCUAAAAAACUAAGAAGGAGAAGAAAAAAAGGGUGAAAGUGUGUCUCUGGGGUUUUACUCCCAGAUUAUCACUAAGGACUUUAUGACAAGUUAGGAAAGCAUGGAUAUUAUGUGAAUAUUGAUUGAUGGAUUGAUGUAUGUGCAGCUGCAACCCUCCGUGUGUGCCCUACCUGGGGAUGUAUCUGACUGACCUGGCCUUCAUCGAAGAGGGAACACCCAACUUCACUGAGGAGGGACUCGUCAACUUCUCCAGAGAUGAGGAUGGUAAACACACACACGCACACAAACUCACACACGCAUGCACACACACACAGUCAGUCACUCAGCCUGUAUCUCUCUGUCUGUCUCUUCUCUCUGUUCCAGAUUUCUCACAUCAUCAGAGAGAUCCGUCAGUUCCCUACAGGAUAGAGCACCAACCCAAGGUAACACACACUACACAGUCAAUCAAUGGAGUUGUUUUUUGUCACAUGCGCCGAAUACAAGGGGUGUAGACUUUACCGUGAAAUGCUUACUUACUUACUCUCUCCCAGGUAACUCAGUUCCUGCUGGAUAAGACUCUGGUGAUGGAUGAAGACACUUUGUAUGAGCUGUCCCUGAAGAUUGAACCCCGCAUCCCUCCUGGCUAAACACACAAACACCACACAGUUGGUUUCACUCCAGCUGCAUCAGGCACUUAGUAUUUAGUAUUCUUAUUAUCAUCAGCUUGGUAACCAUGGAACCGAUGGACGGGAGAGCCCUGAGAAUCACCUGGUUUAUGGUUCUUGUUAUUUUAGGUAGCUUAGUGGUUAAGAGCG